AUGACAGGGUUGAUUUCGGCUAGGUAUAGUUGUUGCGAAGGGUGUGGAGAGAAGGGGAAGGGGUUACAGAUUUAUGUUGGGUUUAUGUUUGGCCGGAUCGUUUUACCAGGAGUUCGAAGGUGUUUAUGUUGCUUUUUCUUGUUCUCGACUAUAAUACUAAAUGCCAAUCUCGAUAAAAAAAUCGAAUAUGAUCUUUGUCCCAGAAGUAUUAACUGUGGGUCGAUUUCCUCACUAUCGAACAUCCCAGCGCUGCCAUGCCAUGCUGGUAUGGGGAAACCUCCUGCUACAACCUGCCUGCUGCAUUCUCGUAUUUCUUUGCAUACCUGUUUUAUCUUCUGUUUUUUUAAAGGUGGCAUGCAUGCAGGUAAAUGGCCACAUGUGGACAAGUAUAAGCAUCAUUCCCUGAGGGGUGGCUGGUACAUCGGGUACGACAUUGAUAGUCCGACCUGGCACAAUCAACGGGUUGCUCCCUCGUAA